GAGGCCGAAUAAUCGGAGAGCCCACCUGAGUUUGAUGAAAGAGCGAAGUAUCUUGCAGCAGUGAGGGGGUCCUUUAAUUUUCUGAGAACUUCGGGAACGGAUCGCGGCUUUUGUUGCAGUUUUAUCCUCUCUGCAUCCACUCAUUCUCUUGGUCUUGCAGUCGCUCACAAGAUUACUAGCAGGCUGAGCUGUUCCAUUGCAUUCCUCAUCAGAACAUGUAACUUGCACUGUCAUCAUGAGGAUUUUAUGAGAGAGUGGAGUCCCGAGCGUUUGCGUCAAAGCUUGCCCCCACAGCAAGACGAUGGCCACUUUGGUGGUUGAGCUGGCGCUAGCUCUAAAGCAUGGAGGGCCACGUGAGAAAAGUUUGUGUCAAAAUUGCUCAAUUAAAGCCCGUAAUCAAGGUCAUGUGCGGCCCAUCCCGUGCAAGAACAAGACAGGAUUUUGUGGUUCGGGUUUGUUUGGCCAAGAGUUAGGGUUUGCAGCAAAUGCUUCCAAGGCUUUUUCGUGCUCCAUUUCCAGGUAUUCGGCCCUAAGAGCUAGCCUGUCUGCCACAACGGAAAAACGUAGGUUCAGAAUUCUGGACAAAUUUAAGGGCUUUGUGGAAGAAUUGCGUUUUCAGGCUAUGAGGUUGCACGUCAAGGAGCAAACGAAGGAACACAUUGCGAAACGUGGACAUUCUACGGAGGAAUACCUGAAGUUUCUAGUGGAUAGCAAGAUGGUCUAUGAAACCAUGAAAGCGAUCGUCAUGGAUUCCUCACAUCCUUCGUAUAAGUUAUUCAAAAUGACCGGAUUGAUGCGAGCAAGCAGGCUGGCAAAGGAAUUAGAUUGGUUCAUAGGGCAGGGUUACAUCAUCCCCGAGGCUGGACCAGCUGGAAUUUCUUAUGCAAAUUACUUGAGAGGUCUAUCUCAGACGAAUAUGCCUGCGUUUGUUAACCAUCUUCACAACGUCUACUAUGCUGAAACGGCUGGUGAACAAUUCCUUGUACAAAAAGGCUUUGCAGGGGUUGCUGAGGGUCUAGCUAGUGAGAACUUAGAUGCUGUAGGAAGCAAAACGGAAGAGAAUGUGCUGCAUUGGAACGAAGCCGGAAAAAUAGCUGGAAGGAUGCUGUUGAUUUGGACUGCAUCCGUGUGGGUGGCUAUGUGGACAGGAGGAAGUGGGCCAGCCUAUGCAAGUGAAGGAGGCUCAGGAGUGCUGGCCCGACCUGUAGUAGGAAAUAUAAAAGCAUCCGUAAUGGAGACGUUGAAAUCUAUGUGGCCCAAAACGCAACAGGUUUUAGAGGUGCUGAGGGAUCAAGGGCUUCUCCUAUCACUAUUGCUCGCCAUAUCUGCGUUCUUUUCUAUGUCAGAGACUGCUAUCACAACCCUCUGGCCAUGGAAGGUUCGUGAACUUGCAGAGAAGGAAGGAGAAGGUGGGGUCUUCCAACUCCUCCGCCAAGAUGUUACUCGCUUCCUGACUACUAUUCUAAUCGGCACAACGGUUUGUAAUAUUGCAGCAACUGCAUUGGUGACUGAUGCAGCAACAGCCUUAUUUGGAGAAGCUGGAGUCACAGCUGCCACAGGUGUCAUGACGGUUGUUCUUCUUUUAGUGACAGAGAUUGCUCCCAAAAGCAUUGCUGUGCAUAAUGCAACAGAAGUUGCGCGUGUAGUGGUGAGGCCCGUGGCCUGGCUAUCAGUGAUUUUAUAUCCAGUAGGGCGUCUGGUGACUGCAAUGUCCACAAGUUUGUUAAAGCUUUUGGGGUUGAAAAGCAGUGGCGAGCCUUUUGUGAGUGAAGAUGAACUUAAGCUUAUGUUACGAGGAGCUGAACUUAGUGGAGCUAUAGAAGAGGAGGAGCAGGACAUGAUAGAGAACGUGCUCGAAAUUAAAGAUACAUAUGUACGCGAAGUUAUGACUCCUUUGGUAGAUGUAGUUGCUAUCGAUUCGGCUGCAAAUUUGCUGGAAUUCCGCAACCUUUGGGUGAAGCAGCAGUACUCAAGAGUACCAGUUUUUGAACGGCGUAUUGACAACAUUGUUGGCAUAGCAUAUGCUAUGGAUAUGCUUGAUUAUGUGGAGCAGACAGAAUUGUUGCAAAGGAUGAAUGUUGGACGCAUUGCUCACAGGCCAGCUUACUUCGUUCCAGACUCUAUGUCAGUGUGGAAUCUGUUACGGGAGUUCAGGGUACGAAAAGUACAUAUGGCAAUUGUACUGAAUGAAUAUGGUGGUACUGUUGGGGUUGUGACACUGGAAGAUGUUGUGGAAGAGAUUGUUGGCGAAAUUUUUGAUGAAAAUGAUUCCAAGGAGGAGAUUAGGAAGAAAACCGGUUAUGUGGUUCAAAGGGCCGACGGGGUUUUUGACGUCGAUGCAAACACGUCAGUCGAGGACCUGAAGGAAGCUCUAGAGAUUAAACUUCCGGAGGGUUCACACCGCUAUGAGACUGUAUCAGGUUUUGUAUGUGAGGCCUUUGGCUACAUUCCUCGCACUGGAGAGAGUACCAAAAUUACACUUUGGAAGGCGGAUGCUGAUGAGGGUGAACGGCGUGAUGGAGAUAACCAGGGCGAGCAUCAUGAUGACCGUCGGGAGAAGGAGAAAGAGAAAUUUCAAAAGUACCGCCUAGAGAUUCUCGCCGGUAACGCUCGAAAGGUAGGAUCGGUGCGGUUUGAGAGAUUAGAGGGCACCAGUCUGAGUCGGGAGGAGGCCGAGAGGAGUUUUCCCAGAAUUCUGCAUACAGAUAGUCCUGCCGAUGAAGAUGUCCGCUGGAGAGACUCUGAGGAAGUCUCUACAGAAGAGGACUCUGAUAGCGAAGGCUCAGAUACCGAGGGAUGCAUAGCUGAUGUGGACAUUAUAGACGGACCCAGAAUUUAUCUACCCGGAAGUGUUCGUUGCAACGACGACCUGGACUUUGUACCAUCUGACGGUCUAGCCACAAUAGGUACUCAAGACUGGGGAUUGGAAAUAAUUGAGGAAGCGCCAAAAGAUGGAAUAAAAACAGAUGGUGAAGCAGACCAGAGCACCACGACUGUUGUUGCCAACCUCACAGAGAAAUGGGAAUUGCAAGAGGCGCAAGUUGAAAGGCGCCGAAACAGAAGACGAAAACAGUCAGUGGAGGCUGCGAUGGAGCUGGACAGACAACAAAGGUUCAACCAACACAAGCAAUGAAUGCUAAGCUCUCUUAUCUCAACACAUAGGCGGGAUUGAAAGGGUAAGUGGGGGUUUUGGCAUGUAACAAGAUAUUUGGAAACUUGGUUCAAAGGAAAAAAGAAGAAGACAACGAAGACGAAGAAAAUGAUGCUGAUGAUGAUGACGACGACGAUGAUAACAAUAGUUUUUAGGCAUUCGUAUCAUAUUUAAGGGAUUUCACAUCCUAUCCUCAUCCUUUCUAGCCUGGAUUUGUUUGCAUCUCUAGCAAGAUGACUGUAAAUUGUGAGGACUUAGUGUUUAGACUGCCAUGUCUCCACAAAUAUCUGGCAAAGUCAUGAAGCAACGCGCUGACUUUAGUUUGCUUGCUGUUCAAUGUAUAGCCUCUCGAUAGAUUUGCCCUUACGAGAAGGGACUUCCGAGGGCUUGCUUGUAUUUUUAUUCGACCUCUGUAUCAUACUACAAUUCUUUCUGAUACACAUUGAAAGUUCA